CCAGGGCUAUUUUGGGCGAAAAAAAGUCACAAUCCUUGUGAUUUCCUUCGGGUUUCGUCCGCGUAACCUCAUGGAUCCAAUCUGAGCCGUCCAUCGUUUCACAAUAUCUGAUCUCGAAACCCUAGUUCCACCUCCCUCCUUCCUUUUUAUAGACAAUAAAUUUUCAAAUUUGCCGUUCAACCCUCUCUCCUAUAUCUCAAAAUUUAGUCCGCCAUUACAAAGAAAAAUAAAGAGCUCAGAGUUAGAGCCUAGCCUCUGUCCUUCGAUUUAGGGUUUAAUCCAUUUUUUUUUUUUAAAAAAGAGACAAAUCAAAGCCCAAAGGUUUUGGCUAUUGAAAUUGAAAUUCUAGAAUUUUUGCUGGAGUCUUUUUCUUCUUCUUCUUCUACAUCGGAUAUGGAGAGGAUAGCAGCGGCGGCGCAUGCCGCGACGUCGUUUGUGUUCCUGAGUUGGCAGGAGGUGUUCGUUUCUACCGAUAAAGGGAAGAGGGAGGUCCAUUAUUAUCUGAAGCGAAGCAAUGGGACCUCUGAUCUGGCUGUGAUAGGGAAAGAGAAGAGCUCGAGGCACAUGUCGUAUCACUACGCUUUGAGGAAUCGUUCGCCUUUCGUGGCCCCUCUUGCCAAACUAAAGUCUCGAAGAGAGGUCAUUGAUUGGCUUAAUUCCGUUGUUGCAGAUUCCUCAACCAACAAAUCUUCUCAUCUAGACGUGGGUACUUUGGACUGUAGAAAUGCAUGCAAGUUGGAUGUUGAAUCUUGUAAGGAGAUGCAAUUACGGAAGGUGGGCCAUUGUGCUAAUGAUUUUCAAUGGUUGGGUUCACCAUUGUCAAGCAGAAAAAAGCGGAAGCAUUAUCAGUCUUUUCAGUGUAAUGGUGUUAGAAUAUCUGUUCAUGACUUUGUUUAUGUUUUGGCGGAAGAGGAUAAACGUCUUGUUGCUUACUUGGAAGAUAUGUAUGAAGAAUCUAGAGGCAGCAAGAUUGUUGUGGUACGUUGGUAUCACAAAAUUGAUGAGGUUGGUAUUGUUUUGCCUCAAAAUUAUAAUGACAGGGAAAUUUUCUUUUCUCUCUGUCUUCAAGAUCUAAAUAUUGAGUGCAUAGAUGGAUUAGCUACUGUUCUCAGCCCCCUUCAUUACGAGAAGUUUCAGAAUGAGGCAAGACACACACAAUUGGAACCAUUUGUCUGCCGCAAACAAUUUGAAGAUGAUGAUGUUACGCCUUUUGACAUAACUCAAGUUAAAGGUUAUUGGAAACAGGAUAUACUCAGAUACAUGUAUUCUGUUUCUUUAAAGGACUAUGAUAUUUCUCAACAAUCUAAUGAUUCUCUUUUGGAAGAAAAUGCUCCUGCUAUUGGUGUAAGGCCUAAAAAGAGGCAAUGCACUGAGAGAAGAGAGCUGACUAGUGCUGUAUAUUUGGAGCCACGUAAUUUAGUUAAAAGUGGGAUUGAUUUCAACUGUGGAAAUGAAACAUGUGAUAUGGAUGGAGGAAAAUAUUUUUCAACGUUGUCUACGAAAGUAACUAAGGAUAACUCUUCACAGUUGUAUGAAGUAGGUUCUGAGGUUGAAGUGCUCUCCCAAGAUAGUGGUAUCAGGGGAUGUUGGUUUAGAGCCUCUAUUAUUAAGAAACACAAAGAUAAAGUGAAGGUGCGAUAUGUGGAUAUCCAAGAUGCUUCUGAUGAGGCCAAUAAGCUUGAGGAAUGGGUGCUGUCUUCUAAGGUUGCUUGUCCUGAUCACUUGGGUUUUCGUAUGGAUGGAAGAGCAGUUGUUCGUCCUGCCCCGCAGCCCAAUAAAGGUCGAGUUUCAUGGGUAGUUCAUGUUGGGACUGUUGUGGAUGUAUGGCGGCAUGAUGGUUGGUGGGAAGGCAUCGUGAUCCGUGUGUCUGAUGAUGAAUUUCAUGUAUUUUUUCCAGCUGAAAAGCAGGAGUCUUUUUUUAGCCGUCUUGAAUUGAGACAUUCUCAAGAAUGGUUAGGAAAUCAGUGGAUUCAGAUGAAGGAAAGGGCAGAUCUUGUGCCUGUUGUAAGUUCCAGUUUAGAAUUUAAGAGAGUCACACAAAUGUCCGAUCAUGUUUCUGCCCAAGUUACACAAUACGAAAACAAAACAUCUGGAAAAGUUGAAAAUCAGUACAAGGAUUCAGGUCCUGAAAGUGACAAAGAUUAUAGGAAGGAUAAAGAUCUCAAUAUAGUUUUAGAUCUAUCAAAGGAUAAUGUGUUUUCCAAAUUGAAGUGGAAGUCAUCCAAGAAAAGACGACGAGUCAGUGGUUGUUCUUCCCAAAAAUUGCAUCGAUUUGAUGCUGGUGUAUUUCCAACUCGCACUCGGGAAAGAUACGUGAUUUCAACCUCGAUGAAACGUGAUCAUGAGAACUGUAAGUACGUGGGGGAUUCUCUCUUCACCUCCUCCUCUGUUGUCCCACAUCUUACUAGUUUGGUUAUGUCUAGGUGAGAGUUUGUAAGUACUAGGAUCUCUCUCUUUCUUUUCUUUCCUAACUAAAUUUUCCACUUUUUCUAUUCUCUUUUAGAAUACACGACCCUGCCUUGCAUCUGUUCGAUGCGACCACGGUCCCUCCUAGUCUCAUGUAGCUCACUUACCAAUAACAUGUAAGAGAAAAAAAAAAGUUAUACUUUGUGGCAAUCGAGUCUUUAUUUUGUUCUCACA